AUGGCUUUCUCUCGCUCGGUUACCUCCCUCCUCCGAACUUCACGGCACAUUGUCACUCCUGCUCGAGGUGUUAAUCCUGUCAACAAGGUCUUUGGUCAUGACAGAUUCGGCGCCAGAACCUAUGCUGCCGUAUUCGAGCGAAACAAGCCGCACGUAAAUGUCGGUACAAUCGGCCACGUCGAUCACGGCAAGACUACCCUCACCGCCGCUAUUACAAAACGACAAGCAGAGAAAGGCCUUGCAUCCUUCCUAGAAUAUGGAGCCAUCGACAAAGCUCCGGAAGAGCGGAAACGUGGGAUCACCAUCUCAGCGGCACAUAUCGAAUACCAGACCGAUGCACGCCACUAUGCUCAUGUCGAUUGUCCGGGUCACGCUGAUUACAUCAAGAACAUGAUUACGGGAGCGGCCCUCAUGGACGGUGCUGUCGUGGUCGUUGCUGCAAGUGAUGGACAAAUGCCCCAAACCCGAGAACAUUUGCUUCUGGCACGUCAAGUCGGUAUCCAACGAAUCGUCGUCUUUGUCAACAAGGUCGAUACCGUUGAAGACCCUGAAAUGUUGGAACUCGUGGAAAUGGAGAUGCGAGAACUUCUAAGCCAUUACGGUUUCGAGGGAGAGCAAACGCCUAUCAUCUUUGGUUCCGCUCUAUGCGCACUUGAAGGCACGAAACCCGAAAUUGGCGUGGACAAGAUUGACGGCCUUCUUAAUGCUAUCGACACCUGGAUCCCGACUCCGGAACGAGACACGGAAAAGCCGUUCUUGAUGUCAAUUGAGGAAGUCUUCUCCAUUGCCGGUCGAGGCACUGUCGCUUCCGGUCGUGUAAAGCGAGGUAUUUUGAAGAAAGAUUCCGAUGUCGAGAUCGUUGGUCUCAAUGAGCAGCCGAUCAAGACCAGAGUUACAGAUAUCGAAACCUUCAAGAAGUCUUGUGACGAGUCUAGAGCUGGUGAUAGCUCUGGCCUUCUCUUGCGUGGGGUCAAGCGUGAAGAUAUCAAACGGGGAAUGGUUGUCGCGGUACCGGGAACGGCCAAGGCUCAUCAAGAGGCUCUGGUGUCAAUGUAUGUUUUGACCGAAGAAGAAGGGGGAAGAAAGGCCGGAUUCACCGUCAACUACAAACCCCAAUUUUAUCUUCGAACAGCCGAUGAAUCAGCCUCUUUGGCGUGGCCUGAAGGAACCGAAGAUACCAGCAGAAUGAUCCUACCCGGUGAUAACGUUGAAUUGGUCGUCAAAACUCAGCACCUACUUUGCAUGGAACCCGGCGAACGAUUCAACAUCCGAGAAGGUGGAAGGACCGUGGCAACCGGUCUAAUCACGAGAGUCCUGAAAUAA